GUCACCUUUUCGCCUUCUACUCGCGCAGUUUCAGUUGGUGGCGGUUUGGUAAAGCAUUUAGUAUAAUUUGGACAGCUGCAAGAUGAUGAGUUCAGCGAGAUUUUGCCUUCGUACUUUACAAUCUUCUAAAACUGGCAUUGCGGGGAAAGCAGCAAGAGCAGCGUCUGUUGAGCAGAGAAGAAAUUAUGCUCCUGAAAAGGCAACACAGACGACCCAGGGUUCUGGUUUGGUCGGAGAAAUCGUUGCUGUGAUCGGACCAGUUGUGGAUGUCCAGUUUUCUGGAGGCAGACCACCAAUUCUCAAUGCAUUGGAAGUUGAAGGGCGUGAGACCAAAUUGGUCCUGGAAGUUGCACAGCAUUUGGGUCAGAACACUGUUCGAACAAUUGCCAUGGACUCCACAGAAAGAUUGAUUCGUGGUCAAAAAUGUGUUGAUACUGGUGAUUCCAUUAAAGUACCAGUUGGUCCAGGAACAUUAGGUCGUAUUAUCAAUGUCAUUGGUCAACCAAUCGAUGAAAGGGGACCAGUUAAAACUAAAAUGUAUGCCUCAAUUCACGCUACUGCUCCUGAAUUGAGCGAAACUGGUGGUGCUCAAGAAAUUCUGGAAACUGGAAUUAAGGUGGUGGACGUGCUAGCACCUUAUGUCAGAGGAGGAAAAAUUGGUCUGUUUGGUGGUGCUGGUGUUGGCAAGACUGUCUUCAUCAUGGAACUGAUGAACAACGUUGCCAAAGCUCAUGGUGGUUAUUCAGUAUUUGCUGGUGUUGGCGAAAGAACCAGAGAAGGAAAUGAUCUUUAUCAUGAGAUGAUGGACUCCGGAGUCAUCUCCCUCACGGAUGACACAUCCAAAGUAGCGCUCGUCUAUGGACAGAUGAAUGAACCACCAGGUGCCAGAGCUCGUGUUGCUCUCACAGGUCUGACUGUUGCCGAAUAUUUCAGAGAUGAAGAGGGACAAGAUGUGCUGCUUUUCAUUGACAACAUUUUCAGAUUCACCCAGGCUGGUUCAGAAGUAUCUGCUCUGCUUGGUCGUAUUCCAUCUGCUGUCGGUUACCAACCAACUCUUGCGACUGACAUGGGUACAAUGCAGGAGAGAAUUACCACCACCAAAAAAGGUUCUAUCACAUCUGUACAGGCCAUUUAUGUACCUGCUGAUGACUUGACUGAUCCUAGCCCAGCCACGACAUUCUCUCACUUGGAUGCCACAACUGUAUUAUCACGUCAAGUUUCAGAAUUGGGAUUCUACCCCGCCGUCGACCCACUGGAGUCAUCGUCAAGAAUUAUGGACCCCAACAUCGUGGGAAGAGCUCACUACGACUGCGCUAGACGAGUUAAGAAGAUCCUUCAAGAUUUGAAAUCUUUGCAAGAUAUCAUUGCUAUUCUUGGUAUGGGUGAAUUGUCACAAGAAGAAAAAAUGACAGUAACUCGCGCACGUAAGAUUCAAAGAUUCCUGACGCAACCUUUCCAAGUCGCUGAAACUUUCACAGGAACACCAGGAAAGCUUGUCACACUGAAAGAUGCAAUCAAAGGUUUCGAUAUGAUUCUUGAUGGAGAAUUGGAUCACAUUCCCGAAGUUGCAUUUUACAUGGUGGGCGAUAUUGACGAAGUACAAGCAAAGGCAGAACAACUCGCAUUGGAAACUUCCGCAUAAACUCUAUUCCCCAGUUUUGAUAGUCAAUUGCUCCAGUUCAAUGAUUUGAUUUGUCAAGUUUGUGUUUAUUAUAUUCUGCUAAUUUUGGUUCCUCCAGUAUGAAAAUUAAAACUAUUGAGUUGA